AUGGACGACGGCGACCGCGAGGAGUUUGUGCCGCCCCACCUCGCCGCCAGCAUGGUAGAGCACUCGACGGCGUGGCCUGAGAGCAUCUCUACCGCCAAGGGCGCCGCUGCGCUGCGCAUGCGGUCCACCACGCUGCGCCGCACCGGCUACAUGGAGGGGCGCGUGUGCGGGCCGGGCGCCGCGCGCCUUCCCAGCUCGUAA